UGUAAUCCCUUUUCUGCCAUCUUCACCAAGUGCUGCUCUUCUGUUGUCAUCUGUUGUCUUCUGUUUAAGUUCAUUUUGUUAAGGAACCUGCCAACCAGAGAUGUGAAACUGCUGUGGAUCAUGAGAGACCUAAUGACUUUGGGUCUUUGGGAACAUGUUCUUUAACAACAUGGAAAGGCUUUAGAUGAGCUAUGCCAUGUAACAGAAUCAUCUUAAAGUGGGAGGUCUGGCCCUCUUCUGUGGUACAGAGCAUUUGGCUUUCUCCCUGCUUGAUGUGGGGACAGCUACGGCAUCUUCUCUUGGCCUGUCAGCACGAAGGGGGUUACUUAGCGACAGGAAGUUAUGAAAAUGAGGACCAGAAUGAUAAUACGGAGGACAGAUCAAAGGAUCCCAUAUCCUUUCAGCCCAUGGGAUCAGAGCGGAUGGAGAUGCGAAAGAGGCAGAUGUCGGUGCAGCAAGAGUCGGUGGCGGGCACCACAGCACCGGCACAAAACGAGCAGCCUGGCCAGGGGAACCGUGGCUCCAACGCCUGCUGCUUCUGUUGGUGCUGUUGCUGCAGCUGCUCCUGUCUCACUGUUAGGAAUGAAGACAGAGAAGAGAGGAACCGGAGAGCCUCGUAUGAUCUUAAAGCAGAGGGGAAUGCGGACUUCGAGGAAAGUCCGAAACCGACUGCGGAGGAGGUCCUCUUAUGGGGGCAAUCUUUCGACCAACUGAUGCACUGCCCCGCUGGAAGAAGUGCCUUCCGGCAGUUUCUGCGCACUGAGUUCAGUGAGGAAAACAUGCUCUUCUGGUUAGCCUGCGAGGAAUUCAGUAAGGAAACCAAUAAGAGCGUCAUCGAGGAGAGAGCACGGAUAAUAUACGAAGACUACAUCUCUAUCCUCUCACCCAAAGAGGUGAGCCUCGACUCUAGAGUUCGAGAGGUUAUAAACAGGAACAUGUUGGAGCCAACAUCCCACACGUUUGACGAUGCCCAGCUCCAGAUAUACACACUAAUGCAAAGAGACUCAUAUCCGCGAUUCAUGAACUCGCCGGUCUACAAAAACCUGAUCAAGACAGUCUCUGAGCAGUUGGUGGAAUCUUAGAUCUCUGUGAUCCCGGUUGAAUGCCCCAUCCCUAUCUUUUGGUCGUUACCUUUUCUUUGGUAGAAUAUGUUUAAAAGGACCUCAGCGAGGGUCUUCCCAGGGAUUUUACCGCUAUAUCGAUCUGUACCUGAAAAAAAAGACACUCAGGUCUCCAGGUCACUGGAUUUUAAAAAAAUGUCUCAAAUUUCCUGAGGGCUCAACACCACAAGUACUGCUACAGAUCAGAUGCUCCAAAGGAUUAUCAGUCCGUUUAGAUGUUUUAAAGAAAAUAAUCUAUUUUAUUUGUGUUGAAGGGUUGUUUUUAAUUAAUUAAUUAAUUAAUUAAUUUAUAUCAAUGUUCGAAGGAAGAUGUGAUACCAAUCGUGGACUAUAUACAGUAGAUAUAUUUAUGAAUUUAUAUUACAUUUUCAACCUUUUUUUUUCUCGAGUUAUAAUCUUUAAAGAAAAGGG